CAGUGUUGACCACAAUCCACGUGACUUUGACCCAUUGAUCCGUUCUAACCGCUUCUUCAUCUCUUUUUUUUUCUCUUCAAUCUCGCAUUCCCUUCGAUUUAUUGUCUCAUUUUUCUUUUCUCUUUCUCUAUGCAAACCCUAGAAACCAAAAUGUGUUCGUUUUUGGGAUCGUAAUCGAGUGCGUGCGAUAACAGUUUUUUCGAUACGCGCGCCUCUGAUAAUUUUUACGAUUUCAAUUCCAAUGGCGAUGGAAAUUAGUGCUGCAUUGUUGUUUGGUUUCGCGAUUUCGCGAGAUUGAUAAAUUUUUGCGAUUAGGAAAGGGUUUUUUGUGUUGCUAUUAUGUCUGAGUUGGUUGCUCGUACGGGUCGGCAUCAGCAGCGGUAUGAAAAUGGUUAUCGUCUUGUUGCUGGGUGUGUUCCCUUUAGGUAUAAAAACUGUGGAGAUUCUAGUUCUGAGAAGAUUGUUGAAGUGCUUAUGAUUAAUUCACCUAGUGGACCAGGUCUUUUGUUUCCAAAGGGAGGUUGGGAGAAUGAUGAAACAGUUGAGGAGGCGGCUGCAAGGGAAGCUAUAGAAGAAGCGGGAGUUCGAGGAGACCUAUUGGAUUGUCUUGGAUGCUAUGAGUUUAGGAGUAAGACCCACCAAGAUGAGUUCAGUCCAGAAGGGUGGUGUAAAGCAGCAAUGUUCGCUUUGUUUGUCAAGGAGGAACUUGAGUUGUGGCCUGAGCAAAAUACCAGAAAUAGGAGUUGGCUGGCUGUAUCUGAGGCACUCGGGAGCCUCCGGCAUGCAUGGAUGAGGGACGCUCUGGAACGCUUCUGUAAAUGGCAUGAGGAUAAGUUCGUGAGUUGAACGAGAGGAUUUUUCCUGAUAUUAGACUGAUUUUAGUGACAACUCCGAAUUCAUUUUUAGGGGGAUUGAUAUUUGAUGAAAAAAUUUAUUCGUGAACCAGCUACUUUAGGAAAGAUAACUCUGAUCAGAAUUUAAUAGUUAUUGUUUCAAGUCUGUGGAAUGAUUUUUGGUUUUCUGACUGAGUAAUUCAUAACAGUGAAUUUUGGCUGAGAUAUUCGUUCUUGUUCUUUAAUUUGGUAUCUGUUGAUGGGUACA